UCAUUAAAGUAGAUAACGGCAUUAGAGCGGAUAACGGCAUUGGAACGGAUAACGGCAUUGGAGUGGAUAACAGCAUUGGAGCGGAUAACGGCAUUGGAGUGGAUAAUUGCAUUGAAAUAAAUAACGACAUUGAA